UUAAUGUAAACAAUUCGAUUUAUAUCAAAUCUAAUCAAUUAAAAAAUCAACUACCAGUAUUUCACUUAUUAUAAAUUAAUUACGUUUGAGCUGUAUUUAUAAAUAAACGUUAUAAAGGAUGACAAUGGGCGAUGAGACUCCAGUUACAUCACUGGUUCUUCCUGUCAUCUUAAGACCAAUAUUAAUGAAGUUAGAGAGACAAAAUGUAUUGGCUGCUCAAACAUUACGUACAGCUUUAUUAAAAGCUGAAAAUUCUCACCCUGGAAUUACACAUGAUUUGAUUCUUGGUAUAAUACGACGAGCAGAACUUAAUUUUGAUAUGAAUGAAAGUGUUCUAAGAUUACAAGGAGCAGCUUCUGAAUAUGAUGUUGUAGAAUAUAGAUCUGCUAGGUCUGAGGAUGCAUUUCAAGAAUUAAAUCGUAAGUCAACUUCCUUGAAAAGAAUUCUUAGCAGAAUUCCCGAUGAGAUAACAGAUCGUAAGACUUUUCUCGAAACAAUCAAGGAAAUUGCAAGUGCUAUAAAAAAGCUUUUAGAUGCAGUAAAUGAAGUAACUGCAUUUAUUCGUGGUUCUGCUGGAAAACAGGCAUUGGAUCAAAGAAAAAGGGAAUUUGUUAAAUACAGUAAAAGAUUUAGCAAUACAUUAAAAGAAUAUUUUAAGGAAGGACAAGCAAAUGCAGUAUUUGUGAGUGCAUUAUAUUUAAUACAUCAAACAAAUAUGAUAAUGCUCACAGUAAAGGACAAAUGUGAGUAA